GUGCGCCUGUGAGUGUGUUUAAGACGCGUCGACUCGAGCAGCAGCAGCAGCAGGAGGAGCUGCUGGAGGGGGACUUGAAAACUUCACUGCCGGGAUUUGGCGAUUUAGAGGCUUCCAGUCCAGCUGCGAUCGUCUGAGAGGAGGACCGGUCCGGUUCUCAGCACUGGAACCAUUUCCGGCCAACAUGGAUGAUUUAGAUGCUUUGUUGGCGGACCUUGAGUCCACGACAUCCCACAUCUCCAAGCGAGCCCUUUUCCUGUCUGACGAGGCCGCCUACUCCUUUCCUGUUCAGGGUCAGACCCAGCAAGACGUCUGCUCUCCACCCCAAAUCCCACCCUCUCCCCCAGAGCAAACUCUGAAUGGAGUAGAAGAAACCGAGUCCAUCAGCUCGGCUCAGAGAAGUCCCUGGUCUAGAGAUAGCAGCAAUCCAGGCCGACCCACUGGUGAAGAGGACCACGUGUACAGUCUCCCUAAUAAACAAAAGACCAGUGAAUCAUCAGCUGGUGCCAUGAACUCGCUGGGCAGCAACCUGUCUGAACUGGACCGCCUGCUGUUGGAGCUCAAUGCUGUGCAGCAAAGCACCCCUGCCUUCGCAACAGAAGAGGAAGCAGCUCCACCACUGCCUGCCAGCGGCGUUGUCCACCACGUACAGGAGAAUGGGGUCUCCACUGCAGGUAAAGCCAUUCCUCCUGUGGUGGAGAAGCCCAUACGUGGUGCAUCCACUCGAGGAAUACAGGACGUACGACCAAGUGUGGAGAGCCUUCUAAAUGAGUUGGAAAGCUCCGUCCCAUCACCACAUCCCACACCAUUGGUGGUGUCCGAUGAGCAAACGGAUGGACAAGAAACGCUGUCACAACAGCAAGCCAGAAUGUCUGCCUCCUCUGCCACAAGAGAGCUGGAUGAGCUAAUGGCUUCUCUGUCUGACUUCAAAGUGCAAAGCAAUAUCCAGUCACAGGGAAAGACUUCUCCCUCUCCUGCCCCCAAGCCAGCCAACAAACUGGACAACAUGCUGGGAAGCUUGCAGUCCGACCUCAACAAACUUGGCGUCCAGACGGUAGCUAAAGGGGUCUGCGGUGCCUGUAAGAAACCGAUUGCUGGGCAGGUGGUGACUGCCAUGGGGAGAACGUGGCACCCCGAGCACUUUGUGUGCACCCACUGUCAGGACGAGAUCGGCUCCAGAAAUUUCUUUGAGCGUGAUGGGCACCCAUAUUGCGAGAAAGACUACCACGGCCUGUUUUCACCUCGGUGCCACUACUGCAAUGGACCCAUACUGGAUAAAGUAGUGACGGCUUUGGACAAGACUUGGCAUCCAGACCAUUUCUUCUGCGCUCAGUGUGGAGCCUUUUUUGGGCCAGAAGGUUUCCAUGAGAAGGAUGGAAAGGCAUAUUGCAGAAAGGACUACUUUGACAUGUUUGCCCCUAAAUGCGGUGGUUGUGCCCGUGCCAUCCUUGAGAACUACAUUUCUGCUCUUAACUCGCUCUGGCACCCUGAAUGCUUUGUCUGCAGGGAGUGCUUCACGCCAUUUGUAAAUGGCAGCUUCUUUGACCACGACGGGCAGCCGUACUGCGAGGCCCACUACCACGAGCGGCGUGGCUCACUGUGUUCUGGCUGCCAGAAGCCCAUCACCGGCCGCUGCAUCACAGCCAUGAGCAAGAAGUUCCACCCGGAGCACUUUGUGUGCGCCUUCUGCCUCAAGCAGCUUAAUAAGGGCACCUUCAAAGAGCAAAAUGACAAGCCCUACUGCCACACCUGCUUCGUUAAGCUCUUCACUUAGACUCUCUGCUUGUGUGCCAGUGUGUGUAUACAUGCAUCUAAAAGUUUAAUGUCUAAAUGCACAUGUGGAUGUGUGCGUUUAAUGUGUCUCUGUGCAUCUACGAGUCGGUGGUUUCUCAGACAGAAGGUGUUAAUGUGAGAAAUGUCUCCUGACUAUUAACUCCUGAUACUGGAGGGACUUUCCGGGCUGCCCAACCUCUCAGGUUUGGCCUUUCACGCUUUUCCUAAAGAGAUUUUUAACAGAGCCCAAAGAGAUUUUUAUUUUGUUCCUGUUCGACAGGAAAAGGGAAAAAUGCGGUGUUAAUUUCCCCUUCUUAGUGUGUACAUAAUAAGCAUACAAGAAUCUAGUUAAGAGCCCUGAUUAUAAAUGAUUUUCUGCCCCCGCUGCAGGGAAAGACCCUGCAUCAUGUGGUGGUGAGUCUAUGCUGACAGUUUAAUGCAGAUAUGUGGCAGUUUUGUGAUUGCAUAGACCAUGGAGAGUUGGCUUAAGCAGUAUGUAUGUUGAGAGUUGAACACACAUUAGUUGUCCAGUGAGUGUUUAAAAAAAUAUGUAUUUUUCUAGAUUUGGAAUCUAUUGAGGUGCCAUUUAAAAUAACCAUAAAA